AUGGAGCCCGGCCGUCGUCCGACAGUGGAAUUUCCUACCCAAACCGUCAACCGUCUCUCUAUGAGUAUAGAAGAGAUCCGUGCCGAGGUGUCACAUAUUCACGACGAUAUUCACAUGCUGAUAGAGCGCUUCGCUCCAACGUCACCCUGUGCAUUCUGCCCUCUUGAUGAGAACAUGGACAGGCACCAAUCCGCCGACUACUACAAUUAUCCUGAACCGUUCCUCCGUAACGUACGAGCCGUCGAUCUGCACCUAUGCGGAAGAUGCUUGCGCCCUGUCCACGGUGGAAGUUGCCAUGUCAAGUAUGCUUCUUACCGUGGCGAACACAAGGUCCUCCUAUGCGGCCAGAGCGAACAAUAA